CAUCUGUCAUGUCUGUGUCUAUUGUGUCUAUUUAUGGCCAGUUUAUGAGUCCUGUAAAAUUAAAGUUUUCAGAUAAAGAGAAUUGUAAAUCCUCAAAAUGUUGAAGUUUGUUGUGGAGGGGAUACUGGUUCCGGUCAUAACAGGAUUUGGAUUGGCUGGAAAUAUAGCUUCGAUGCUGGUUCUAAGAUCUCCAAAACUCGACAUGAAAGUCUCCAUCAGACAUAUUUUGAUGAUGUUGGCUCUGUUCGACAGUUUGUUUAUCAUGUUCACUACACUCUCAUUCUCAUUACUUCAACUCUAUCCUGGGUGGAAGACCUACUAUCAUGGAAUCGUGUUCCCCUGGAUUUUCCCGUUUAUACAGAUCUCACUCACAGGCUCGAUCUGGUCAACUGUAUCCGUAGCAGUGGAGAGGUUUCUAUCUGUCGUCUACUCUAGAACAUGGAUUUCUACUCUUUCUAGCCGAGUUUAUCUGAUUCCAGUUCUGCUUAUCAGUAUUCUCUGGAAUAUUCCAAGGUUUCUAGAAUUGCAGACCUGUUAUCAUGUUAAACCAAGCGUAGCUUCUCUUCAGAUCCUUCAAGGUUCAGCUCCGGGUCCCGGCUCCAGCUUUCAAACCUCACACCGCCAAAACACAAAGAAGAAUUAUGUUGAAAAGAGAUUCGUCCGUGGACCCGGAAACACGUCCUCAACCCUUCUCCGGGUCCCAGUCACCAGUAUGGAUUGUAAACCAAAGACCUGGAUCCUUUAG